CUCAAGUACUUCCGGUCAUGGAAAACAUACCCGAUUUGUGUUAUAUUCCAAGAUGACUAGCUGACACUACCAUGUACACGGGCACACAGCUGUGGGCUAACUUGGUCACGUGAUGAUGCAGUCAGUACGGGAGAGGGUGGCACAGAUCUACUUUACCCAUGGACUGUUCUGUGCCAGUCAUCCCUACUCAAUCAUCGUCUCUGUCAUCUGUGUCAUCAUUUUUACAUGUUAUCCCUUAUCCAACCUACCUCUGCCUGGCAACACCCCCCUGGAACAUGGCAUGGCCCUCAGUGAGUUCAAGAAACACCCCGCCCUGGGCGUGUCUCCCAUUGCAGUGAAGAAAGCACCCCGAACACCAGGGGAAGACAUGAAACUCCCUAGAUGGAUUGUUGGGGAUCCAGUAGGAGUUGUCCAGCAAGUGGUUGUCAAGACAACAGUGUCGCCGUGGCAACCACAAAAUCAUAUACCAACAGAUGCAUUCCGUCCAACCCUAGCUAAAGUGUUUGAAGUCCUAGAGCAUGUUGAGCAUGCUAGAGUUGUCAAUGGUGGUGUGGAGGUGUCUCUGUCCAAUGUGUGUCUGCGUGUGGCCGAAUCGGUCAAGUGGAUCAAGUUCCGCCAUGUCCUGCCGCAGUAUGACUGCCUAGUUGUCUCCCCUGCCAACUUGUGGAUGAAAGACAAACACAGGUAUCAUAAAGAUGCUGAAAUAAUUAAAACAGUUUAUCAAAAAUUCGGACAAACUUUGGAAUCAUCUCCAACACUGAAAGAUGUGUUGUUCGGAGUGCCGUGGAAGGAGACGGGCGUGUCCCGGUACUUCAUCCGCAAUCGGCAGAGAGUUAUAACCUUUGCCAUAUCCAUCAUCAUGAGGAACUACAGUGCAAGUUUUGUGGAUUCCCUGAAGAGGGAGCUGGAGCAUCACUACCCAGAAACAUCCCUCCAUGGUAACGUCAGUGACAGCGACCGGGUCGUCCACCUCCACUACCGAGACAUCAACUACUUCGUGGAGUACACCCCUCUCCUCGUCACCUACUUUGUGAUCCUCAUGUACCUCUACUUCUCUGUCCGGAAGAUCGAGAUGGUGAAGUCAAAGAUCGGCCUGGCCAUCAGCGCUUUGUUCACGGUUGUAGCAUCACUGCUUGUGUCCGUCAGUGUGUGCUCUGUCUUUGGUCUGGCACCAACUCUAAAUGGCGGUGAGAUCUUCCCCUACCUGGUGGUGCUGAUCGGUGUGGAGAACGUCCUCAUCAUCACCAAGUCUGUUGUGUCGACACCCGUCCAUCUUGAUGUUAAGAUCAGAGUGGCUAAAGGGUUGAGCAAGGAGGGCUGGUUCAUCACCAAGAAUCUGCUCACAGAGCUCUUCAUCAUUUUGGUUGGGUUCUUCACCUUUGUCCCAGCUAUUCAGGAGUUCUGCAUGUUCGCGCUGGUUGGACUGCUGUCCGACUUCUUCCUGCAGAUGGUGUUCUUCGCGACCACGCUCUCCGUGGACAUCCGGAGAAUGGAGUUGGCCGAUCUGCACAAGCAGAGCAUCCACCAGAGGUGUUCGGAGGACGACACCAACAUCAACAUUGAGCCCCUGCUGCGAUGUCCAGUCAUGUCCAGAAUGACCCCUCCAGGGUCCCCGCCUACCUCAAAGAUGCAUCGGUCCAAGUCCGCCCCGGGGCUGGACGUCCAGGGCAUCACGGGACACCCCUCGCCUCCCCCAUCACCUAAACUCCCCGAGCUCGAGAUGUUCUUCCCUGAAACUUUUGAUAAUCCUCGUCGAUGGAAAUUCAUCUCGUUCUGGGCCAGAACACGCAUGUUUCAGAGGCUGAUAAUGCUGUGUACCGUGAUCUGGAUCGGCCUGAUUGUGUACAAGACAGGCCUGGUUGACCAGCUGACCAGUCCCGAGGGAGUGAUCCUCCCCACCGGCAGCCCCUCCAGCCCGCACCAUCUGAUGAAGCAGGAGAUCUAUGCAGACAAGGCCCAGAUGAAGGGGGUGGCCGGGGUGUAUCAGGGCAGGGGGGAGGAGGAGGCUUACACGGGGAGGGUGGGGGACGAGGAGGAGACCCAGGGGACUCAGGAACACAGGAACCAGGAGUCCUACUUCCAGCUGUCCCCGCAACACUGGCCCACGCUGUUCAGCUACUAUAACAUCAGUCUGGCAGGAAGAUAUAUAACUGUUCUUCCACCAAUCCGUCUCUCUGCGAUCAUUGACCCACAGACGGCAGUAGACCUACGACACUCGGCAGAGUUUGACUACUAUGCUCAUCCAGGACCCGAUGGUGAGGGCCACACACAUCCAAUCAAAGACACCAAUGCUUCCGAUAUAGCCAAUCGAAUUCCAUAUUACAUGUAUGACCCGGAACACCUGAAGACGUUCUACCCAAAGUCCAAGAAGGAGUUCACCAUCACGCUAUGCCUGGCGUUCCUCAGUGUCAUUGUCAUCUCGUAUUUCAUGAUCAUGCUAUAUAAGUGCAUGUGCUCCAGGAACUACUCCAAGUGGCGCCGGUCGUGGACCAAGGUGAAGAGGAGAAAGAAAGGCUAUUAUAAACAGAUUAAGGAGUCCGUGCCGCUAGUGCUGAAGGGGCACAGACAGAAAAUCGAGUGUCUGGUGGUGGACGGCCCCCUUGUGGUCAGCUGUUGCUGGGGAGGUCAGCUGAGGGUGUGGGACUCUAACACAGGAGAGUGUCUGUCGGCAGUCAGGCGGAGAAGUUUCACUCCGCCACAGAGCAGGAAGCCAUGUGUAGGCCGCAACAUCGAGGACAGCGAUGCCGACCUCUAUGCUGAAUAUCAUGGCGACAGCUCAUUCUCAGAUUUCAACGAGUCCUCCGAGAGUCCAUACACACGUAAGAUGUGUGAACGAUCACAUAGAUCUUCCAGUUCCUUCAGUGACGUCAAACCCGACCUCUCCAGCACCAUCAACACCCAGUUCUCGUCCAUAGAAAGCAGUCCAGGAGCUCGGUCAGCAGAUGCAUUCAGCUUCCAGGGGUUGUUUGAGGGUGUGUAUGAAGAACAUCGCCAACUGGUGGCCGAAGGAGGAACUAAGGAGAUGAGGGAGAGGCAGCUGCACAGUGCACAAGAGACACAACAUCUGCAGCUCCCCGAAGACUCCGCUCGGAACAGGAGCUGGAGUGCAGGUGACGCCCCCGGUGCCUCAGACCAGCAGGAAGACUACCCCCUCCUGUAUGAUGCCUCCACUGCAGUCUGGUGCCUCGCCUGUCAAGAUGGAUACAUCGUGGCUGGCUGCGGCAACGGAAAAAUUGAAAUCUGGGAGGCGGAGAGUGUGGUGCUGAAGGGCCAGUACGAUGGAGGGAAGAGUGCUGUCAUGGCGCUGUGUAUCUCCGGGAAAAGAAUUGUUGCAGCACGUAUCGAUGGCACACUUGACUUCCUAGAAAUUGAAACUUUUCUGAAUCCUGUGACUUCCUGUGCUCUUCCUGUCUCGCCAACCAAACAGACGAGAGGUCAUACCAGGGCCCUGAGCAGUGGCAGUGGUUUUACAGGGGAGAUAAAGUUAUGGGACAACAUCCUCCAUUGUACAUGUAUACAGAGUUACAGGGCACACCAGCAGCCCAUCAAUGUCCUCAAGUCAGAGGGAUGUCGUGUAGUCACUGCCAGCCAAGACCACACACUCAAGGUGUUCCGUCAAGAGGACUGCCUGUGUCUCUAUACCCUCCACGGACAUGUCGGCAGCGUCACCGCCCUCUGUCUAGACAAGGGCCCACCCAACGCUGCCGUCAGUGGCUCCGUCGACGGGGACAUUCGAGUGUGGGAGCUCCUCACUGGGAUGUGCAUACACAAGUUCAAGGGUCAUGACGGAGCCGUGACUGCCCUGGACUGUACCGCCAGCUACAUUGUCAGUCUGGGCCUGGAUGAUAGACUUUCUGUGUGGGAGAGGAACAGGGGCCACCCUCUGCACUACCUGGACAUGGAGGGGGCCUACAGCAGCUGCCUGACAUUUCUCACUGCCAACCUGCUGGUGACCGGGGGACAGGGCUGCCUGUAUCUCUGGGACAUCUCUAAGGGGGAGUUGAUGAGGAGGAUCGGACUGGAAGAUUCAGAGCAAGCCUCCCUAGUCAGCCAUCUGGAGGUGGUCGGCAACAUGGGCGUUGUCUGCGACUGUGGUGUCGACCUGAAAGUCAUCCAGUUCCCCACCAUCCUAGAAAAGUUUGAGUAGUCGAACGUUCACUUCGAUAUGUAGGUCAGUCAGAUACAUCAUCGGUGCAGUGCAUCGAGUGGAGGAAGUCAUGACACACUGACAUGAAGGAAGUUGUCUACUUUGGGAUCACAUGAUCAAUAUGGUCACUUCAGAUGUUGGUAAAGUCAAAUCAGUGUUUCUGUUUGCCUGGUGUAACUUGAAUCAGAUUCCUUAAAUCGAGCAAUGUGUAUUGGACAUUAUGUUUAUCCAGUAUCCAAAGCAUCUAGUUACCAUAGUUACCACCUCAAUGACAUAUUUCCUCUCCGAGAAGAUACGAAAAUUGCUUUGUUUGAUGGCAGCUACGGAGUUUGACACAGGGGAGGAUGUACAGUUCCCAACCGUUUGACAUUUACAUGACAUUCACUCAUUGUGCAACCUUGCGAUAGUUAUGAAAGUCACAAUAUUAUGAACAGAUACCUAUCCAUUGUCUGUUCUUUCAUAUCAGUCCCCAAACAUGCAUUUGUACAUAGGCUACUCUACCCCUCCCACCCCUCCCAUGAAGUUGUUUUUUGCUCUCUCCCAUUUUUAACUUGCUCACCGGGGGCCCAGUCGCCUAGGGCACCGCAAUUUGCUGUUCAGAGUUGUGUCCCUUGGGCACGCCAGAAACCUACGAUUGUGGGUUCGAAUCCCGGUUCGCCCUGAUUAUGUUUCUAGGUUUGUCAGCACCAUACCCGUGCUCCUGGGUUUCACCGA